AUGGCGGCUGCCGAGACAGCUAUGGCGUCGUCGUCUUUGUCUUUGGAAACAGAUACAACUCCAGUCCUUGAAAACUCAGGAACAGCCGCAGCAACGGCUGCGAUCUCUCCAGCGACGGCUGCAGCCGCGACGGCCGAAGCAGCGGCCGCGGCGGGAUCGGAAGGCGGGGACGCCAAGUCCGCUAUGGCUAAUAAGCUGCUGUCCCUGAACGGCGUGUUCGCCGUUCACAAGCCCAAAGGGCCCACUUCAGCCGAGCUGCUGAAUCGGCUGAAGGAGAAGCUGCUGGCAGAAGCUGGGAUGCCUCUUCCAAAAUGCAACAAGAGGAAAAAGCAGACUUUCAAAAUUGGGCAUGGCGGAACUCUAGACAGUGCGGCCAAAGGAGUUCUGGUGGUUGGAGUUGGAAGGGGAACAAAAAUGUUGACCAAUAUGCUGUCAGGGACCAAGAGGUAUAUUGCCAUUGGAGAGCUGGGAAAAGCUACUGAUACACUAGAUUCUACAGGGAAAAUAACGGAAGAAAAGCCUUAUGAUAAAAUAACACAAGAAGAUAUUGAAGGUAUUCUACAGAAAUUUACUGGGAAUAUAAUGCAAGUACCCCCCCUCUAUUCGGCAUUAAAGAAAGAUGGACAGAGACUUUCAACGUUGAUGAAGAGAGGUGAAGCAGUAGAAGCAAAACCUGCCAGGCCAGUUACUGUGUACAGUAUUUCCCUUCAGAAAUUCCAGCCACCAUUUUUCACACUAGAUGUUGAAUGUGGAGGAGGAUUCUAUAUCAGAAGCUUGGUCAGUGACAUUGGCAAAGAGCUCUCGUCCUGCGCCAAUGUGCUGGAGCUGACGCGAACCCAACAGGGGCCCUUUACACUGGAAGACCAUGCCCUGCCUGAGGAGAAGUGGACCAUUGAUGACAUUGCACAGGCUCUGGAGCUCUGCUCGGCACUUCUCCCAGCAGAGCCAGGACUUAAAAAGCCCAAACCUGAGGAGUCGAAGGAACCCGCUUUGAGCUGCGAGUGUAUAUCAUUAAAUGAGGUUAAGGGAGAUGAUGCAAUUCAGACAUGUUAAGAUUGGCCUGG